ACCUUGGGGAGGCGGGCAAGGCACCAGAGCUUGUUAUCACCGCUGUACGCAGCCUUGGCAUGGAAAUUUACUUUGGACCUCAUUCAGAGCCAUACCAACUACAACAACAACAGCACUUAGCCAGCAACUGAGGAGCUGAGAACCAAAACAUGGCGUCCUUCAGCCCUACCCAAAUCUUCGAGGAUGGCACGAUAGAGGAGAAGGGCGAGAAUGCCCGUCUCUCUGCCUUCGUUGGCGCCAUUGCUGUUGGUGAUUUGGUGAAGAGUACCCUGGGUCCUAAGGGCAUGGACAAGAUAUUACAGUCUGCCUCGACCCAGGAAAUGAUGGUAACAAACGACGGUGCUACUAUCCUCAAAUCGAUCGCUCUCGACAACGCCGCUGCCAAGGUUCUCGUCAACAUCUCCAAGGUGCAGGACGAUGAGGUAGGAGAUGGUACCACCUCUGUCGCUGUCCUGGCCGCCGAACUCCUGCGCGAGGCCGAAAAGCUCGUCGACAAGAAAAUACACCCUCAGACUAUCAUAGAAGGUUACAGGAUAGCGAGCCAGGCUGCGUUACAGGCCCUCGAAAACUCGGCCGUCAACCACAGCAAGAACCCGGAGGCUUUCAAAAAGGACUUGCUCGCCAUCGCUCGCACCACCUUGAGCUCCAAGGUCCUGGCGCAAGACCGGGAUCUCUUUGCUCAGCUAGCUGUGGAGGCCGUGUUGAGGCUCAAGGGCUCUUCCGACCUCAGCCACAUCCAGAUCAUCAAGAAGGCCGGCGGCAAGCUCAGCGAUUCAUACCUCGACGAGGGCUUCAUCCUUGACAAGAAGAUCGGUGUCAACCAGCCCAAACGCCUCGAAAAGGCCAAAAUCCUGGUAGCGAAUACCUCUAUGGAUACCGACAAGGUCAAGAUAUUCGGCGCACGGUUUCAGGUCAGCUCAACGAGUAAGCUGGCUGAGCUCGAAAAGGCCGAGAAGGAGAAGAUGAAGGCCAAAGUCGAGAAGAUCAAGGCCCACGGUAUCAACUGUUUCAUCAACCGUCAGCUCAUCUACAACUGGCCCGAGCAGCUGUUUACCGAUGCCGGUAUAAUGUCUAUCGAGCACGCCGACUUUGACGGCAUUGAACGUUUGGCACUUGUAACCGGCGGUGAGAUUGCGUCGACAUUCGACCACCCCGAACAGGUGAAACUGGGUCACUGUGACCUGAUAGAGGAAGUCAUUAUAGGCGAGGAUACGCUGAUCCGCUUCUCGGGCGUCGCCGCUGGCCAGGCCUGUACCAUUGUUCUCCGAGGUGCUACGGAUCAGCUACUAGACGAGGCCGAGCGAUCGUUGCAUGACGCCUUAGCCGUGCUCUCUCAGACCGUCAAGGAGCCUCGGACUACUCUAGGUGGUGGGUGCGCAGAGAUGCUCAUGGCCAAGGCCGUCGAAGGUGCCGCCACGCGGGUGGAGGGCAAGAAACAGAUCGCCGUGUCGUCCUUCGCCACCGCGCUGCGACAGCUUCCCACCAUACUCGCCGACAACGCGGGUCUGGACUCGAGCGAUCUCGUCGCACGGUUGCGCAAGGCUAUUUACGAUGGCAUGUCAACCUACGGCCUUGACCUUAUGACUCCGGGCGGUGGAGUCGCGGACAUGCGGGAUCUCGGAGUCAUCGAGAGUUACAAGUUGAAAAAAGCUGUCGUCUCAUCGGCGAGUGAAGCUGCUGAGUUACUUUUGAGAGUUGACAAUAUCAUACGCGCGGCACCUCGAAGACGGGAACGUCACUAAUCUGUCCGUCCAUCUAAUCAAGUUGGGGCGCAGAAUGUGGGCGCGAAAAGAAAAAUGAUAGACGGCAAUAAGGUAGCUGUACUAUAGACAAAGCCUAAUAAUGCAAAAUACCUGAACAACCCAUCCUAGUAGCAAGGGACCCAGAAUGACGAACAAUGGCGAUCUCAUCUCUUCUAACUAUAUACCCGCCCAUCUACUCUACUCUACUCGGGAUGUAUUCCUCCUAGAAUGAAUGCUACAUGUAGAUACCAAGAUAGCCAGUCAGGUUUGCCAGCAGACAAAUACCUAAGAGAGAUAGGUAGAUGGGACAAUCCGGUCCAACUUCAUGAUAUACGUACAUAUAACACAGAAA